AUGGAAAAUUUUGAAAAUUUUGAAAGAAUUCCAUUGAUCAAUCGAGAAAGUCCUGCUAAAACACCUGAAGAAUAUCCAAACGAUAUUACGAUAAUUCCAUAUGAAUAUCAAUUAAGACUUGAUGGAUUGUUCUUUAAACCUAACUAUGUUAUUGAAAGUUUACCAACCGAACUAAAGAGUAAUAUCAAGAAUGAAAAGGAUAACGAUUAUAAACAAAAUUCAUUUCCAAAUGAAUAUACAAGACUUGCAGAUAUUAUUCCUGAUCGUUGGUCUUUUGAGAUACUUACGAAGUUUACUGUACAAGAAUAUCGAUAUUAUCCAAAUUAUACUUUUUAUAAAGUUUCUACGGUCAACGUAAAAAUGCAUUCUUUCUUUAGUUCAGCUAUUGAUAUAACUUUCAACGCAGCGGAUAAUAUUGAUCCAGAAUUAAUAGAAGCAUGUGAAUAUAGAAUUACAUGGACUUGGUUUAUGAAUGGUUAUAUUUGGAGAAAAUGUAAAAAUUCCAAUGAACAAGAAUUUAUCAAAGUUUCAUAUUUCAAAGGGUCUACAGGUUGGGGAUUAGAAUUUUAUGAUUCGGAUGGAAAUAUAAAAUAUGGAUAUACUUCCAAAACAGAUUUUUGGUGGAAUCAAUAUAAAAGGUAA